CCCUCCCUCUCUCUCUCUCUCUCUCUCUCUCUCUCCCGCCCCCCUCAUCCAUGCCCCCACAGGCUCCCGCCCACCCGGCCGUGUCGGCCCUGCUUCUGGAUCGCAUCAAAGACCAGCCCCAUCGAUGUGUGCACUGUUCGGGCCGGCUGUCGCGGCCCAAGCGGCCAGGACAGCCGAGCUCCUGGUUGCUUGGCAUCCCCGAGGUGUCGCCAUGGGUCAGCGCCCUGAAUCCUGGGCCUGACGAGGCCACGGCCAGCCUCCUCCGGGAAAUGGCCAUUCAAGUUUGCUUGGCAGCCCCCGGGCGGGCCAGCUUCUUCCAUGCCGAGUGCUUGCAGGCACCGGUCUUCCUCCGGUCCACGGCCGACUUGGCAUCCGUGGAUCCCGGGGCCGAGGAUGCCGUCGACCUGUGGCUGUCCUUGGCCCUGUCGAUGCGGUCCCUGUCGGGCGACGUGGCUGCCGGAUCGGACGACGACAUCGAGCUGGCCAUGCCGGUGUCGGGCCCGCCAGUGUGCCCGAAGGUGGCCGACAUCGGCACCGCCCCGCUGGGCGGCGGCCACGCCCGUCCGGAUGAGCAUUCCUCCCAGGCGCCCAAGCGUCGGCGCGUGGCCGCGGCGAAGUCGGCCGCCGACGCGGGCCCGGCGGCCGCCCCCUCGCCCGCACUCCCCUGGCCCGAGCGCCUGGCCUUCUACACGACAGCCACCAUGCGAGCCAUGCUCUCGUGCAACAUGCAGCCGACAACCGGCUCGGUGGGCGAGUUGCGCCAGCGCAUCCGCGAGCUGCGCCGCCAUGGGACCCUGGCCCGGUGCCCGCGCUGCCGGCGGGCCACGCUGCGCCUUGGCCAUGGGCAAUCCCCCGGGCCCGGCGAGGCGGUCGAAUGCCCGGGCUACUUUGUCGGGUCCAAGUUCCGGGAGUGCGGCUUCAAGGCCGCUGGCGCCGGCGCUCCGGCGCGGGGCCUUUGGCGGCCCCUCUCUGCCCCAUGGUCGGCCGAAGUGCGCGCCGCACGCGAGGAGCUCGCCGGUGCCCUUGCCCGCGGGCAACUCCUGCCCCCCGGCCCGGAGGAUCUGGCCAGCGGCGGCCAGGACCAGGAGGAUGUCGCGGCCCGCCGGCGUCGAACCCUGCUCACUGCCGGCGGGGACCUUGUCUGGGAGGCCGACGACGAGGCGGCCGACGAUCCCUUCGCCCCCGGGGGCUGGGUCUUCCAGGAGUGAUCGAUCUGCCAAUGGACCGCCGGUUGCCUGA